AGUGAAACUAAGUUGGGCUUAAUCACAUGAUCAGAGAUUGCGAAAAAUGGGAGAGAGGAACAUGCCAACAGCCAGAGAAGAACAACAAGGAGUUAUUUGAGACGGGGAGAAAACCAGUGGCUGCUCUUCAGAAUUCCUCCAGCAAGAAACUGUUUUGAUACUUUUCAAGGAAGAAGAUCAGAGAAGUAGGAGAGAGGCCUCCAUUUUUGGUUGGGAUUAAAAACGAGAGUCAUUUUUUUGGUAGGCUUUCUGCCAUCAUGAAGACUUGGCUGGUUCCUCUGUGUUUGGCCAUUAUGGCCCUAUCGAGUCUUCAGCAGAAGUGCAUCGUUGACGAGAUAGAUAAUAGAAAUGAUAUAACACCUACUCCCUUUCAAGAGGCUGAGAGAAGUGAAGAAACCGAGCAAACUCUGGAUUCAGAUACCAACACUGAGGAUAAAGGACAGUUUGGAGAGGUGGAUAAUCAGUUCAAUUUAGGUGAGGAUGCACAAGGACCAAUAGCGGAAAAUGGAAAAAAUGAUACUAAUACUGUGACAAUCGAACAGACUGUCCCUGAAAAUCAGGAUCCAGAACUUCCAAAUGUCAAAGAAGAAUCUACUGAAGUUCCAACAGAAAGGUCAACCACGGCAAAUACUACCCCGAUUCCCACGGUGUCUGAUACCAGUUGCCCACCCGAUACAUGCUCACAGCGCUGGAAACCGUGGCCUACCUGUGACCAAUCCACUGCAGAAGAUGAGCAGAAGCUGGCUGAGGCUCUGUCCAGAUUUUCACUUGAGUUCUAUAAAAUAGCAGUCCAGAAAAAUGAUGGUAACAUGGUUUUCUCACCCCUUAGCAUCAUAACAACGCUUUCCAAUCUCCUAUUAGGAGCCUGUGAUGAAACUAAAGAUCGUCUUGAGAGUCUGCUGUUCUAUCCUAAAGAAUUUACAUGUGUGCAUAGAGCCUUGAAAGUACUUGGCAAGUCCGAAGCCCUGACUUCAGCUAAUGCGAUUUUUUACCAAUCAGCACUUAAGAUGGGAAGUGGAUUUCGUAAUCUAACAAGUACAUUCUAUCAAACCAAGCUGAAACUCCUUAGUAACAACACCAAUCAGGCAGUAACUGAUAUCAACUCAUGGGUGAGUGAACGUACUGGUAACAAGAUCAAGAAACUCCUGGAUGACCUAGAUGCUGAUACCCAAAUGGUACUCCUCAACGCUGUCUACUUCCACUCCAAAUGGAAAACUAUAUUUAAAAAAAAGAAUACAAUCUUGGAAGAUUUCUACCGUCCUGGUCUCCCUUCCAUCAAGGUACCCACGAUGACCAGUAAGAAAUAUCCAGUGGCCUCCUACUUUGAUCCCAAUUUGCAGGCUAAGGUUGCCCGGUUUCAGUUGCAUCACAAUUUGAGUUUGGUGAUCCUCAUCCCUCGCUCCCAGUUGACAAGCCUCUCUGAGAUAGAGGAACGACUCACUGCAACAGUCGUCAUGUCAGCUCUGAACAGGCUGAAGGCCUUGCCUUUGAAGCCAACAAUAGUAACCCUGCCAAAAUUUAAGCUGGAAUCAUCUCAGGAUCUUGCUGAAAUCAUUGGAGAAAUGGAUUUUGGGCUUUUCUAUGAUGCCGAUUUGUGUGGGAUCGCUCAAAAUGAACCAGUCGUUGUGUCCAGUGCCAAACACAAAGCUGUGCUACAAAUCUCAGAGGAGGGAGUAGAAGGAGCUGCCGCAACAGCAGUCAGCCUAGCACGUAUAGCCACAAUGUUUGAAGUGCAACAGCCAUUCCUCUUUUUGAUUAUGGGGGGUCAAGGGGUCCCAAUCUUUCUGGGACGGGUCACCGAUCCACUGGCAUCAUAAUUUUUCCAUGUCCUCCCAACUUCCAUUUGUGGGACAAAGCCAGCUUGCAGAUUGCC